AUGUCUAAGACUAAGACUACCACCAAGGCCAGCAAGGCCACCGACAAGGUCCUGUCCAAGGUCAAGGAUGCUGGCGUCGCCAAGCCCUCCCAGUCCCCCAAGGCUAAGAGCAAGGAAGUCGCUUCCAAGAUCAAGGCCAAAGAGGAGAAGGCUUCUCGCAAGAAGAAGGAGCCUACACCCAGCUCCAGCUCGGAGUCCGGAUCUGACUCUGACGAGGAGAUGAAGAGCGGUUCUUCCAGCGAUAGCGACAGCGACAGCGAGCCAGAAACCAAGAAGCCUGCCAAGGCCACCAAGGCUGCCGCCAAGGAACCCGAGUCUUCUGAAUCCGAGUCCUCUGAGUCCGAAUCCGAAGAAGAAGCCAAGCCUAAGAAGGCCGAGCCCAAGAAGGCUGCCAAGAAGGACGAGUCCUCCGAAUCGGACUCUGACUCUGAGGAUUCUGAAUCCGAAGAGAAGGAGGAGGUGAAGAAGGCUGCCAAGAAGGAAGAAUCUAGCGACUCUUCCGACUCUUCCGACAGCGAGGGCUCUGGUUCCUCUGACGAAGAGGAAGCUCCCAAGAAGCGCAAGGCUGAGGAGGAGGCUGCUCCCAGCACCAAGAAGGCCAAGACUGAGGCCGCUGCCGACAACUCCCCCAACCUGUUCGCCGGUAACCUGUCCUGGAACGUCGACGAGGACUGGCUCCGCCGCGAGUUUGAGGAAUUCGGUGAACUCGCUGGUGUCCGUAUCAUGACUGAGCGCGAGACUGGUCGCUCCCGAGGAUUCGGCUACGUCGAGUACGUCGAGGCUUCCAGCGCCAAGGCUGCCUACGAAGCCAAGAAGGACUCUGAGAUUGACGGCCGUACCAUCAACCUCGACUACGCCAAACCCCGUGACGCUACCCAGCAGAGCGCUCCCCGUGACAAGGCUCAAACGCGUGCUCGCUCGUACGGUGACCAGACCAGCCCCGAGAGCUCUACCCUGUUCAUCGGAAACCUUUCCUUCAACACCAACGAGGAUGUUGUCCGUGAGACAUUCCAGGAGCAAGGUACCAUUCUCGGAAUCCGUCUGCCUACUGACGCCGAGUCCGGCCGCCCCAAGGGCUUCGGAUACAUUGAGUUCUCCUCCGUCGAUGAGGCUCGUCAGGCCAUGACUGACCUCAACGGCGCUGAUGUCGGUGGCCGUGCCAUCCGUCUUGACUACAGCACCCCCCGUCCCCAGGGUGAUGGCAACCGUGGCGGUCGUGGUGGCUUCGGUGGCCGCGGUGGUGACCGCGGUGGACGUGGUGGUCGUGGACGUGGCGGUGGUGGCUUUGGUGGCCGUGGCCGCGGUACUGGCGCCAACAGCACCAACCGUGGUGGCUUUGGAGACUACUCUGGCAGAAAGACCACUUUUGACUAA